AAGUUGUCCCUGCCCCCCCGUCUGUUUCUUCCCCACCGUUUCAAAGCUGCACAUUCCCAACAUGUACAGUUUUAAUGAAGCGGUAUAUUUCCUCUCUUUGCAGCUGUUCUCUUCUGUUUUUUGCCUCCCUUUUUUCUUACAUUUUUCCUUUUUCCCCCCUAAAUUCUUUUCGUCUUAUUUCUUUGUUCCUGUAUAUCUUUGAGGACAUUGUUUAUAGUCUUGAUGAAGAUCCAGAGAACCAAAACUUUGCGUUCUCCCCCCCACACUUUUGUGAAGUUUCAGCUCGACCUCCCGAUCCCUCCGUAAUGGACCCGUUAGUUGGCUCGACGGCGAGAGAAACUUUGGAGCGAGUUUCGGCUUCGCUGGGCUGCGGUCCGACCGAUGCAGAGGUGGCUGCACAUCUGGACCAGCAUGACGCCCUCAGACAUCUCAGGGACCAGUUCCUGGUGCCCAAAAUCAAAGAUCUGCCUCCCUCUGAUCUCUCGCUGGUCGACGGGGCCGAGGAAUGCAUCUACCUGGUGGGAAACUCCCUGGGGCUUCAGCCCAAAACGGCCCGGAAAUACGUGGAAGAGGAGCUGGACAAGUGGGCCAAAGCGGCCAUCCACGGUCACACCGAAGGCUCCCGACCCUGGGCAUGGGCUGAGAACAACAUAGAGGAACUCAUGGCCAAUGUUGUUGGAGCGAAACCUGAAGAGGUGGCGCUGAUGAACGGCCUGACGGUUAAUCUCCACCUUCUACUGCUUUCCUUCUACAAACCCACAUCAGGGCGGCACAAAAUCCUCCUGGAGGAGAAGGCCUUUCCUUCAGACCACUACGCGGUGGAGUCUCAGAUCCGCCUGCAAGGAUUGGACCCUCAGAAGAGCAUGCUGCUGCUGUCACCCAGACCGGGAGAAGAGACUCUGAGAACCGACGACAUCCUGGAGGCCAUCGAGAAGGAGGGCGACUCCAUCGCUGUGGUGAUGUUCAGCGGCGUUCAGUAUUACACCGGCCAGCUGUUCGACAUGGCCGCCAUCACCGAGGCUGGCCAGAGGAAGGGCUGUUACGUGGGUUUUGACUGCGCCCAUGCUGCGGGAAACGCCGAGCUGAAGCUGCACGACUGGGGAGUGGACUUCGCCUGCUGGUGCUCCUACAAGUAUAUAAACUCAGGUGCUGGUGGUCUAGCCGGGGCGUUUAUCCACGAGAAACAUCGAGACACCAUCCAACCUGCGCUGCUGGGAUGGUGGGGACAUGACCUGAAAACUCGGUUCCAGAUGAAUAACGUCAUGGAGCUGCAGCCUGGAGUGAGCGGCUUCCGACUGUCCAACCAGCCCAUCCUGCUUGUCUGCCCCCUGCAGGCCAGUUUGGAGGUGUUUAACAUGACCAGUAUGCAGGCGUUGCGGAGGAAGUCUCUCCUGUUGACAGGCUACCUGGAGUAUCUGAUCCAGCAUUAUUACAGUAAGGACGCCGCUCAGCCUCACAAAGCCCACGUCCACAUCGUCACGCCCUCGGACCCUCAGCAGAGAGGCUGCCAGCUAUCGCUCUCCUUCUCCGUUCCUAUCCUGAAAAUCUUCCGGGAGCUGGAGAAGAGGGGAGUCGCUUGUGACAUGAGGGAGCCUAAUGUGCUGCGAGUUGCUCCGGUGCCGCUCUACAACUCGUUUAGCGACGUUCACCGCUUCGUCCAAACACUGGGAUCAGCGCUCACCGCCGGCAGCCAAUGAAUGAACUAUGUACUAUGUACUCUCCCAAAAUAAAUUGGUUGUGUGGCAUUGUUGUAAUUACAUAUUGUUAUUACAUAGUUAAAACACUGAAGCACAGUGA